AUGUCAUCCACCACUCCAUCGCCAGUCCUACAGCUGACCCUGCUACCCUCUGAGAUCCUACACCUCAUCGCCCAAGCCUACAUCGACAGCCUCUCUGCAGACAACAACAUCGCCUCCGUUCUCUGCACAAGCAACCUCUUGCGCGAUCUCUUUCUCCCCAAGCUCUACGCUUCGAUUCACAUCCACUCGCUCGACCAACUCUCACGCUUCGUCCACCCCGACUCUGGCGCCCACAUCCACGCGCCCCGCUACACGCUCGCUGCGCUUACCAUCAAUAUCCCCGGUGUACCCGGGGGUGGGGAUGGGACGAGCACGGCGGCGGGGAAAAAGCAAUCGCGCGACCGGCUCGUGCUCGCUUCGCAAGCGCUCCAGCUGUGCCGCAACGUACAGAGCGUGUCGUUGGAGUUCUUCAGUAUCAGACACUCCGAGAUCCUCACCUCGGACGAUUUGCGCGCGCAUGAAGCGAGGGUGUUCAAAGAGGCGGUGCAGGGGCUGGGUAGGGUGAAGCGCUUCAGGUGGGUGCCACCGCGGCGCGAUGCAAAUGCAAUUAGGGGCUUGAGUAUUGUCGUUGUCGACCAGGUGGUUGCGUCGCUCGCACAGGGGCUUAUUGGAUGCACCGAGCUGCAGACGCUCGAGCUGUGGAACAUGAUGCUCCCCGAGGACGGCGGUGCGCAACUCGCUUCAGCGUUGAUAUAUCUCUCCAACAACCGUGCUCAACGCAGCUCGCCUCGUACACUGCAGCUCACCUUGCGUUCAGUCACGAACCUCAGCCCCAGAACCAUCGCAGAUCUCGCCCUGGCGAACCCCGCAAUCAAGGUCAGCAUCGCCGACGGAUUCGUCGCCUCCAUCUGGGGCGCAAGGGUCGACAAGCUGGCCGUAGAGGAGUGCAUGCGUGACGCGCUCGCGCCGGAUGGCUCCCCGUCUAGUAGUGAUGGCGUCGGUAGCAGCAGGAGAAGGAGCGACACAUCUAGCUCCUCGGACGACCCGAGCAUCACUACCAGUCGAGCUGCCACGCCGGAAGCGUGGAUCUUGCAGACACUGGCCAAGGCGAGUGAAAAUGUUUGUUUUGCCGUGUUGCAAGGCGGGAUUGCGGGUUCGGAGGGGUAUGCUGACUGA